CAGAAUGGUGCAGAAUGGCUCUUUGGAAAUUAUUUCUGGUUUUUGUGCUUCAGUUUGAAGCAGGAAUCAGUGGUGGACCAUACUUUCUCUAUCACAGACCAGGAAAUUAUGUCAUUUUGCCCUGUGACAAUGCACCUGAUAUGUGCUCCAUGGUUACCUGGUUUUACAACAGAGAGCCAUCUCAGACAAUACAGGUGGUUUAUCAUGGAGAUGUUAAGAACUCAACCCAAGCUGCUAGACUAAGUCUUCACAGUGACUGCUCUCUGUGCAUCAACAACAUCACUACUGAGGAUGCUGGUGUUUACAACUGUCGGCCUGAGGGGACCACUGGCCAGGACACAACUGUCUAUCUAAAUAUUUUGACUAUUUCAGCAUCUCCAUCAAACCCUGACCUACAGAUGAAUGGAAGCAUCACAUUAAAGUGCUCUCUGUUCAGACUCAGUAGCCUCCCUUGUGACGAGAUAAGCAUCCGCUGGGUGGAUGACACAGGAACUGUGCUGCUUGAUAAAGUCAGAUACACUGGACGCACGUGCAUUUCACUUCUAACUGUGAAGCUUCACAGUGACCAGAACAAACGAUACACCUGCCAGAUUGUUGAGGAAAACAAUGUGAAGAUGGAAGCUCACUACACACCUGUCUUCAUAGACUUCAGAGAGUCCAUGGAGCAGUCUCCGCUGAGCUAUGCCAUGUGGCAUCUUCGCAUGGCAGCACUGAUCCUAAUGAUUGGCAUCACUAUUUUUGUCAUCAGAUACAGAGGAAACAAAAAGCUCCUUGAAGAGAGCAACGUUCGUUAUGUUGGUGACUGUGAUGAUGCCACAGUGAUCUAUGAGAAUGUGACAAAGUCUGGCUGACCCUGAACUGCACUGAACUUCAG